CGGCAAUAAACCACUUUCACCUCGUAAUGUAAUGUAUGGUGUCCUUUCCCAUGAAAAGCCAACAAAUAUGUCGGAUGAGCAUUUACAUUCGACACCAGUACUUCCAAGAAGCAUGGAAGGUAUUGUGAGCACACUCCAGAUGGAGCAGUGUGCAGCUACGUCUCCAUUAAUAUCGGAGCCACGUUACGGUAGCAAGGAACAAUCUUAUCCUUACCGAGACCUUAAUGAUGAUGGUAUACAGUCUGUCAGCGAGAAGUUGGAAAGGGAAAUACUACAAAAGCAGACGAUACAAUUACUUAAGAAACUGCAUCGCCAUUACCACCCUCAGAAUACACCUAAACAUACAAAUUUGUAUGAUAGUCAUAGGCAUUCUGUAAGAGUGCCAAAUAGACACCCGAGGACGAGUAAGAAGAUUGAGAAAAUGUCACGCACGUCAAAAAAGGUCUUAAAUGACGGUUCUUGUAGGUAUAUACACUUACGUAGGCUCCAGGAACUAUCGCAUCUGGGUCCAAUGACAGUUCAAGAGAAGGUGACCGAGUAUUUACAAAGGCAAUCACUACAUCUGGAAGCAGCGCGCACUGAUGUAGAAUCCCCACAAUAUCGAGGCUCUGACGCUGAUAUCGAUUGA